GUGAAUACAUUGGCGUGACAUGGGGGUGAUAAAGAAGCACUGCCCGAGGAGAUGCUCUAGCAAUAGUGAGUAAGAUGAGAACUUGUGUGCAAGAGGAAAUAAGCUUCAAAUUUGGUGUCCCUUUCGAUGAGUGUCAGUUCAUUUUAGACGCACCUUCAUUACCCUUUUUUCUGGUAGCUUAUUUCCCCUUGGUCAUGUGGGUUCUUGAUGGCGAUAACGUUAACUUCACUUUGACAAUCUCUUUUGCAGGAUGGAGGACAGAAGCCAAAGCCAAGCGUGUCUCGCUCUUGUGCUUGUUGGAAGGUCGAAGGAGGCUGGUGCUCUCAAAGAGCAGACCUCAUAAUCCAAGGAGGUGGUGGGUUAGGCCCACACUGGAGCAUCACGAUGACAUGGGGCCCUGGUGCACAAUUAUCCCCAUAAUGAAAGAGCAGGACCCGGAGAUGUUCUACAGCAUGUUUCGGAUGACACCUGAGGCUUUUGACAGGUUGCUAGUUUUGAUCGAGCCACACGUCACCAAAAAAGCCUGGCGUAAGGUAAUCCCUCCGGGUGAGAGGCUUGCCAUCACACUGAGGUACCUUGCAACUGGCCAGACUUUCACGCAGCUGAUGCACUAUUUUCUGGUUAGUGAAGAGACAAUAUCAAAAAUAGUAUUUGAGACUACAAGUGUGAUAUGGACUGUCUUGGAGCCACUUGUUUUUGAAACCCCAACACAGGAAGCUUGGCUCCGGGUUGCAUCAGAGUAUGAAGCAAUGUGGCAAGUGCCACAUUGCAUUGGAGGAGUUGAUGGAAAACACAUUCGCUUGCAGCAACCGGCUCGAAGUGGGUCCAAAAACUUUAAUUAUAAAGGUUUCCACAGUAUAAUCCUGAUGGUGGUAGCAGAUGCAAAAUCCAAGAUUUUGAUAGCAGAUGCUGGUGCAAGUGGGAGAAGAGGGGAUGGGAAUGUGUUUCACCGCUCUUCCCUGGGCCGGAGAAUGAGGCGCAAAGCACUGAACAUUCCCCCACCUUGCCCAGUGGAGGGAAUGGAAUUGGAAAGUACCCCAUUCUUCAUGGUUGGAGAUGCUGCCUUUGGGAGGAGUGUCAACAUGGUGACUCCUUUCAAAGGCAAAUUCCUACCCCCAGCGGAAAGGAUUUUCAACUAUCGCAUAUCCCGUGCCAGAAAAAAUGUGGAGAACACCUUCGGAAUAAUGAGGAAAAGAUAUGAAGUUCUGGACAGGCCCAUGCAAACAGACGUUGUUUCCUCAACCUCCACUGUCCUCGCUUGCUGUGCCCUUCACAACUAUCAUUUGCAAGAUGUCAAGAGUGUGCCGCCGAAGAGCAAGAGGGAAGUUCGUGGAGAGUAUUGUGAUCAGAUUGGUGAAAAUGGUGAAGUAAUUUAUGGCAGAUAUAGCAAUGAGGAUCCAGUGAAGGAAAGAGAAAUCCUGGAAAGGUUGAGGGGUGAAGUUGCUGAAGCUGGAGAGGAUACUGAUGUAAGCAAAGAAGAAUUUAUCGAGAGCUUGGUGACCUACUUUGUAGAAAAUCCGUUGCCCUGGCAACUUCAGUCAGCAUAUAUGUUAUGA